CUCUAUGAUCUCCGCUUCUUUGGAGGUGGUAGAUGAAACAUUCAGUGGGAUCCUACUUGUAGAUCCGACCUUUUUAAUAAUCUUCAGUGGUCCUAGUUCACCUCCUCAGCUGUGCUGAUGUCAUGAAAACCAGCCUUGACCUCACAAACUACCCCUUGAUGAUGCUAACCGCUGGACUACUAAUAUCCAACUGCCUGUGUCAUUUCUUCAUCUUUCCUUGGUGCCAACCAUGCCUGCAUAUCAGGGCAGCACUCUAUGAUCCCAUGGCUCUCACAUCGACAGACCACAACACUAAGGUAACAGGACCAGUUCUCUUCUACAUUGUUGGCUCCAGAAGGCAACCCAAGCCAACAAUGAUACGGCGUCCACCAGCAGUUGUUUGCUACAUUUGUGGUCGUGAAUAUGGAACAAAAUCUAUUAGCAUUCAUGAGCCACAAUGUCUGAAAAAAUGGCAUAAUGAAAAUAACUUGUUGCCUAAAGAGUUAAGGAGACCAGUACCUAAAAAACCAGAAGUCAGGACCAUUACUGCCAAAGGCUUCUAUGAUCUUGAUGCUUUAAAUGAAGCUGCUUGGACAAGUGCCCAGAGCCAGUUGGUUCCCUGUUAUGUUUGUGGGCGUACCUUCCUGCCAGACAGACUGAUUGUUCACCAACGAUCUUGUAAACCCAAAGCCGCCAAGUAAAGCCCUUUUCUCUCUA